GUCGACCGCACCACCGAGCAGAGCGAGCGCCUCAUCCUCGACCCGAACCAGGAGUGCGCCGCGUAUGGCUACGAGCCGGUCAACGACAUCAUGCCGUCCUACCCGCCUAUCUGGGCAACCGGCACGAUGCAGUACGCGGGCGUGCCGCAGGACGCGACCGACAUGUUCAACAGCAUCAAGGCGGGCAUCCCCAACAUCGCGCCGCGCGGCACUCGUGCAGGCGACAUGACCGGCGUCGUCUACGACGAUAACGCAGACCCGGCGUGCUGGUGGACAGACACUCGGUGCACCUCGCCCAAGCUCAAGGGCCUCCAGCCCGACGUGACGAGCUGCCCGGAGCCGAACAGCUGGGGCUUCACGCUCGACGACGGCCCGAACUGCAGUCACAACGCCUACUUUGACUACCUCGAGUCGAUCAAGAUGAAGGCGACGUUAUUCUACAUCGGCUCGAACGUUCUCGACUGGCCGCUCGAGGCGCAGCGCGGUCUGGCUGACGGUCACGAGAUCUGCUCGCACACCUGGUCGCACCCUUACAUGACCUCGAUGACCGACGAGCAAGCCUUCGCCGAGCUCUACUUCUCGAAGAAGGCGAUCAAGGACAUCCUCGGCAUCACGGUCCGGUGCUGGCGCCCGCCUUACGGUGACGUCGACGACCGCAUUCGCUGGAUCGCGCAGGCCCUCGACAUGCAGACCGUCAUUUGGACCGACGACACGUUCGACUACGACUGGGUCACGCUCGGCAAGGACGCGAUCCGCAAGAACUACCAGGCCAUCUUCGACAAGCAGACGGCGGGCAAGUACGACUCGGCCGGCGCCAUCGUCCUCACGCACGAGAUCGACGGCGGCACGAUGGAGCUCUCGCAGGAGAUGCUGCCGCAGAUGAUGAAGCAGUUCACGGGCGGCGUCAUGCCCGUCGGCGUCUGCAUGAACAACACCCAGCCAUACGUCGAGACGAGCGCCUACACGUACCCCAACUACGACCAGUGGAUGGCCGGCACCCGCUCGAUCUCGGUCGCCUCCCCGACCGCGACGGGCAAGGUCGGUGAGACGCUCGUCUUCCUCACGGGCUCGGCCGCUCCGACUACCUCGGCCGCCGGCUCGUCGGUGUCUACCUCGCCCUCGUCGUCCGCUGCGCAGGCGACGUCGAUGUCGAGCGGCAUGUCGCGCUCGGCGACCUCGAGCGCGAGCGCCAACGCGAGCGCGAGCUCGGCGGCGGCAGCGCAGGCCGCCGCGCAGAAGUCGCACAGCGGUGUCUCGUCCGACCGCGCCGUCCUGAGUGUCGCUGCGGUCCUCGUCGGUGCUCUCGCCGGUGCGGCGGCCCUCCUCUAGGCGGUCGGGCGAAUCGUCGUCUUCCUCCCUCCCCUUCCCGCCCCUCUUCCUCUCCGCCCCUCGCAUCGAGUAGACUUGUAGAAUCCCCUCCAUCGUCUCUCCCUUCCCUCUCGCUCUUCGAUACCCUCUCGCUCUUCGAUACCCUCUCGCUCUCUCGCCUCGCUCAUACCCUCACACGGACACUCCCCCUUCCCUCUCUUUUGGACAUUCUUCGUUUAUAGAUCGGCAUCGCUGCACUCGAGCUCUUCCUCGUC